CUUCAAAUCAUAGAUUAGAUAACGUCAAAUUGUGACCCAAGAACUCUGUAUUCUUGUUGUGACCUUUAAAAAUAAAUUUUAUUUUGGUUGUUAGAUAUUUAGCAAGAUGUCUCGUAGUUUAAAGCUUAACAAUGGAAAUGAAAUUCCUAUAGUUGGAUUAGGAACAUACAAGUCAAAACCAGGUGAAGUAGCACAGGCUGUUAAAGAUGCUAUCGAUGCAGGCUACAGGCACUUUGAUUGUGCCUGGUUUUACGGAAAUGAAAAUGAAGUUGGUUUGGGUUUGAAUGCUAAAAUUGAUGAUGGGACAGUUAAAAGGGAGGAUAUUUUUGUAACCAGCAAAUUGUGGAAUAAUUUUCAUGAGAAAAAAUGCGUUUUGCCCAAAAUAAAAGAGACUUUGGCUGCUCUUAAGUUAGAUUAUCUGGAUUUGUAUUUAAUACAUUGGCCUUUUGGAUUCAAGGAAAAUGCACCACUUUGGCCUGUAGGCGAGGUUGACUCAUAUAGUGACGUGGACUAUCUGGAAACCUGGCAAGCAAUGGAGGAAUGCGUAAAACAAAACCUAACCAAAAGCAUAGGCGUCUCGAAUUUUAACGCGGCUCAAAUCGAGAGAAUUCUCGAAAAUUGCACGAUCAAACCGGCAGUUAAUCAGGUCGAAGUCAACCCCAAUUUGAACCAGAAAAAGUUGAUCGACUUUUGCAAAAAACACGAUAUCGUUAUUACUGGUUACUGCCCUUUGGGCAGGAGUGAGUUUGCCGGGACGCCAGGUUUUCCAGAUCCGACCAUUUUCGAUCCCAAGGUCAAAGAAAUUGGGGAGAAAUACCGCAAGACGCCUGCGCAAGUUGUUUUGAACUAUUUGGGCCAACCAGGGGAGGUAGAAACCGCAAUUUUAAACGCCAUCGAAGCUGGCUACAGGCAUUUUGACUGCGCUUGGUUUUACGGCAACGAAAAAGAAAUUGGUAACGCAUUUAAUGAAGCCAUUACCAAAAAACUAAUCAAGAGGGAAGAUAUUUUUAUCACCAGCAAGGUUUACAUUACGGUCAAAUUUUUUUUACAACUAUUAUUUAUUAAAGAUUUUGUUGCAGCUUUGGAAUAA